UAUGCCAAAUGUAGCCAUGUAUUUCAAUGGACGAAUUGGCUUCUUCUUCCUUUUCUAAGCUCACAAUACAGAACGAUUAGUUGGUAAAUCAGUCAUUUUCAAAACCACCAUGCUAGCCACCGGUUAAUAGUGAACUCUUGGGGUAAUCUGCGCUUUCAUUGGGGUUUGCUAGACAGCUCAAACAAAGUGACUGUUCCUUCCUGACAUCCCGUGUGCGCGCCGCUGUUUUACGCGCAACAAGACCAGUAAAGAGAAAGUGAGCCACAUGUCUUAAAUUGAAUAACUCAAGGUGAAGAAAUCGGAGAAGGUUAAUAUAUAUUUUAUUGAGGAUUUAUGAGUCUCAGACUCUGAGCUCUGGCUGUCUGCACGGAGAUGGGCGCCCCUUCGAUCCCGGUACCGUUGGAGAGGAUACAAACAGACCGGUCAACUUUUAUCUUUCAACGGAUAGAUCACGCCAUGGCAUCUAUUGUGUUCUCCUUUGUGAGAGUCUAAAAGAUCAUCAUAGAGUCCAUCUCCCAUGUCACCGGGACAUCUCCAUGGCGAUGUUUAGCGGCGCAGAGCUGUUCUGGAAUGAGUCGGACUUCUCUGAGGAGCAGGGGAACGGCAGUGCGUCGGGGGCGGGGGAGGAGGAGGCCGAACGGAACUACUACGCCAUGCUGUACUCGCUGCUCAUCCUGGCCAUCGUGUUCGGGAAUGUGCUGGUGUGCCUGGCCGUGCUGCGAGAACGCUCCCUCCAGACCACCACCAACUACCUGGUGGUGACUGCCGUGGCUGACCUGCUGGUGGCCUCGCUGGUCAUGCCCUGGGCCGUCUACCUGGAGGUGGUUGGUGGGGCCUGGCUCUUCAGCAGGCUGUAUUGCAACAUCUUUGUCACCCUGGACGUAAUGAUGUGCACUGCCAGCAUCCUCAACCUGUGUGCUAUCAGCAUUGACAGGUACACUGCGGUGACGAUGCCGGUGCUGUACAACACCACCCACAGCUCCAGAAAGAGGGUGUCCGUCAUGAUCGCCACCGUGUGGAUCCUGGCCUUCGCCGUCUCCUGCCCCCUGCUGUUUGGCUUCAACACUACAGACGACCCGACCGUGUGCUCCAUCUCUAACCCCGACUUUGUGAUCUACUCCUCUGUGGUGUCCUUCUACCUGCCCUUUGUGGUCACCCUGCUGGUCUACAUCCGCAUCUACGUCUUCCUGAGGAAGAGGAGGAAGAGGAUCACCUUCCGCCAGGCCAGCGGGAAAGUCCAGCCGGGCUCAACCCAGCCGUCUGUGGACACUGUUCUGCAGGAUGAUACUCAGAAGGAAAAACAUGACCUGUCCCCCAUCAGGCUCAAAGUGGAGUGCAUGGAGCCCGUUGCCCCGCCGAAGCCCUUCCUCCUGGCCACGUGUCUGAGACGCAAGCGGCCGCGUACCGGCCCGGUGGAGAACUCCCUACUGCCCCCGCUGGACACCCAGAACUACUGCAGCAUUAGCCACGCCUCCUGCGGCCCCACAGAGCAGGAAGUGGAGCGGCCCGGGGGGGAGGAGGGGGAGGAGGGGGAGGAGGGGGAGGCCAAGCAGGAGGAGAGACCUCCGGUCCGGCGGAGCUUUGAGGUCAAGGAACUGUCCAAUGGUCGCACCCACACCGCCCUCAAGCCCCUCCCCCGCUCUCGCUCCAACCAACCACGUUGCAGGAGCAUGCACACCAGGGAGAAGAAGGCUACAAAGAUGCUGGCCAUUGUUCUUGGGGUGUUCCUAAUCUGCUGGCUCCCUUUCUUCGUGACUCACAUCCUGAACACGCACUGCAGGACGUGCUACGUGCCUCCAGAGCUCUACAGCGCCUUCACCUGGCUGGGCUACGUCAACAGCGCCCUCAACCCAGUCAUCUACACCACCUUCAACAUUGAGUUCCGACGAGCUUUCAUCAAGAUCCUCAGCUGCUGAGUGGCCGGGACUCCUGUCCGUCAUUCUGGCCACGCCUUUGUCCCUCAGGCCUGGGGAGGGCUCCAGAGCCCAGGUCCACAGAGACACAGGGACGUGCUGCCUGUUGGGGUGUGAAUGACCCGGGACAGCGAGGUGUGUCGCACCUGCGAUGCUAGAGUGUCGAGUCACAGGGACAGCAGCCUGCUGUCAACACAAGCACAUGUUCAUAAUGAGAAGAUAGUUCAAGAAGAAUCGGGAGUAGACAUUCCUGGAUUAAUAAUACUUGCACUGAUUCCAAACCAGACUGUUCCAAAGUAUCACUGGCGUUAGAUCGGGUUGUUGGACUGGGAAAAACAACAGAGUUUAAACUGUGGUUAGUAGGUCAUACAGGGAGCAUGGGUUCAAUUUUUAUUCAACAUAUUUGUGGUUCACGUCACUUGGGGAGCAGUUCUGGAUCAUGGGAUUGGCUCACUCUGGGGGAAUCUCUCUGUGCUGUUCAGUUGAACAUCUGACCUUUGACCUGGUCUCAGUUAUGACCUCCUUGAAGACUUCUUCAUGGAUGAUCCAGAUGCAGAUAUAAUAUCAGUUUCACCGUCCUGAAUCUUUUAUAGUUGUUGGGAAUGCCUGGGAUGUUCUGUGUUUGUGUCUAUUGGAUUCUGCCAUUGAGCAAUGCAUUGUGGUCGCUACGAUGAGGGAAGCCCAGCAUUAUCGCCCCCUAUCUACAGUCACCUGCCACUGCAUGCCUAUCACAAUGACUGUAACAGGCCAUUCAUUUGAAUCAUCAAGCCUUAUAAAAGGCUCUUUUCAGAUCACUAUGAAGUGUUUUAUCUUGACGUGGAGACGUGUGCAUUGCUGUGUCUUUCGAAUUGAUGUUCCGACUUUUGUGUGACUCACGGCGGGGGCGUAUUAAAUGGUUCUUUUUUAAGGUGCUGUCAGAUUUUCUUUCGUCCGGCCAUUUUGGGGGCUUUGUGAUGCCUGUUAGAUGGAAACUUCUGAAGCUUCUCUCUGCUUUGAUGUGGUCUGGUGGGCGUGGCUUUGUCAUCUGCCUGGUGAGCCGUGAGGUGGGCGUGGCCAGUUGUGAAUGGAACAUGUGCUGCCCUGUGUAAAUAAAGUUAACUGGAGCACUGGGGUGGCUUGCCGUUUGUAUGCGUGAACACACACACAAUAUCCCACAUACGCAAUGAACAACACACACACAUGUAAAAAAAACACGCGUGACGACAGUGACAGCAGUGGAAACCUGGGGUGUGGAGAGGCAGAGGAGGCUGGAGGCA